AUGGCCUCUUUUUCUCGUAGACCUAUAGAAGCUGCUCGUGAAGAUACAAGUGACUCUUAUUCCCAACCUCAUACACUAAAAGAGAUUGGCGAACAGUCUCCGGGUCAAUAUAUUCCCCAUACUAGUGGGUCUGGUGUAGAAAAUCAACAAGGAGUAAGAACUGGUCCACAUUCUCACAUGGGCCCUGGUACUCACGUUAUGAACCCUCCUUUUCAGCAGAUGGCUGAAUUCUUUCACCGUAUGGCUGAAACGAUCUAUGAUCCCCAUGGGUUAAACUUUGAGAAAAUGAGGAAAAUGGGUAGAGUUGAAUUUGAAGGCACGGUUGAUCCCACAGAUGCUGAACAAUGGCUUGAGCGCAUAGAGAGGGUGUUUGAGCAGCUGGAGUGUUCAGAUAUUGCCAAAUUCAAGUAUGACAUCUCGUUAUUGCAGAAGGAUGCUUAUGACUGGUGGGUAAGUGUGCCAAAUGCAAAAGCAAAACCUCCAGUUCUUACUUGGGACGAUUUUGUUAAAGAAUUUCGUAUGAAGAGGUUUGAAGAUGGCCUAAACGAUUCCAUCAGAAAGAAUGUGGCAAUCAUGCAACAUGAAAACUUUUGUAAAUUAGUUUCUGCUGCUUUCACUUGGGAAAAACUUGAUAAGAAAGAAGCUAGUAGACAUGAUAAUAGAUUCCGGAAGCCUAGGUCAGAUUUUGGAAGUCCAUCCAAAAAGGGAAGGUUUGAUGAUUCUAAGGCUGGUAGUGUCAACAAGUCAAAUCAACUAAAACAAAAUAGACUAGAUUUUUCUACAGCUAGUACUCCGAGUUAUAGCCAAGGCAAGACUCGCGUUCCCACUUGUGCAGAAUGUGGAAAGAAUCAUUAUGGUGUUUGUAGGAGAGCUUCGGGUGCUUGUUUUAAUUGUGGGAGCUUUGAUCAUAAAGUGAAGGACUGUCCUAACCCUAAUAAUGUUCCUCUGUUUCACACUGAGGGCUCGAUUCAAAAGUCUUCUAAUAAUCCUUCUCAAAUCAAUAGAGGUGCAAAGCCUAAAAACAACCAAACAGCGGGGCAAGUGGAGCAAAUCAAGCUAGCGGGUCCAGAGCUACUGCACGGGCUUAUGCUAUGA